AUGUAUCUUCAAUGCUACAUUAUUGUUACUUUCUAUAUAAUUUCAUCGAAUUCCGUGUCUACGCAAGAUUUUUUUCAACUUCAACUAUCCCCAUCAACUCUCACAUCAAUUUCUUAUUUGGAAGGUGAGGUCUCAGUCUAUGAACAUAAACAAAAUCGUUCACGUUUGUUUAUUCCGCCGUUGGCUUUAUUAAAUCUUAACAAUACGAAAAUCUUGUAUCGGCAAUUGGAUAAACAAGAUUUAUUACGUGAGGUCUCAGUCUAUGAACAUAAACAAAAUCGUUCACGUUUGUUUAUUCCGCCGUUGGCUUUAUUAAAUCUUAACAAUACGAAAAUCUUGUAUCGGCAAUUGGAUAAACAAGAUUUAUUACGUAUAUCAUUAAUUCUCUCUACAAAUGAACUACGUCAAACAAUUUUACAAUAUCUAUCGUACACACAUCUUCGAUGCAACCGUUCGCAAGAGCUUUGCGAAGUUAAGAUGAUUCCCAUAGAACUUUUUCGCAUUGUAUGGUCUCGUCCGAAUCCCUUUUCGUCUGAUUAUUUGCUUGACUCAAGUUGGCAAUCAAACACGCAAAACAGUAACCACUACUGGGCAGCACGUAAUGAAAAUGCAAAUAUAUUGGACAUUGAAACAAUUGUCGUCGUCAACUGCUAA